AUGGCCAUCUCCGCGGCCCCCGAGCCAGAAGUCACCCGCGAUGAGAAGCAGAAGGCUUCAGUCGAGAUGCACAUGGACGAUGGCGACAAUCUGAAGCGAGCUGAUGGCGAGGGGCCUGACUUGCUUGCCGUUGAGGACCAGUAUACCAAGGAGGAAUAUCACAAGCUCAAGCGCAAGGUCGACAAAUGGCUCCUCCCCCUCAUGUGGGUGUGCCACGGCAUUCAGAUGGUCGACAAGACGUCCAUUGCUAUGCAGGCCGUCUUUGGUCUUCGAAAAGACACUGGGCUUGUCGGACAGCAGACGGUGUUUUAUAUGGCCUACAUGGUUUUUGAAUUCCCGUCAACGGUCAUUAUGCAGCGUUUCAAGAUGGGAAUGUCGCUGUCACUUUACAUGAUUAUCUGGGGUGUCUGCGUGUUGGGAAUUGGUUUCUGCCAGAACUUUACCCAGCUCUUGGUAUUGCGACUCUUACAGGGCGCCUUUGAGUGCUCCAUCUCGCCUGGAUUUCUGCUUCUCGUUGGAACUUGGUACACUCGCCGCGAGCACACCUCUCGAUCCCUCAUCUUUGGCUCCUCGAACGCUGGCUUCGGAGUCAUCGCCAAGCUAGUCAUCUACGGCAUUGGCGUCGCCACUCAGAACAAGACUGGCUUGCAGCCAUGGCGCUACAUCUCGUUUUUCCUCGGUGGCCUGACCAUCCUGGCUGGCACAAUCUGCCUCUUUGUGCUUGGUACUCCCGCCGAAGUACGUUGGCUCACCGAAGAGGAGAAGACCAUGGCCCGCGCCCGCGUCAUUGGCAACAACACCGGCCACGACACCACGGCCAUCAAGUCGUUCAAGUACAAGCACAUCUACGAGUGCCUCCGCGACCCAUGCUUCUGGUUCUCCGGCAUCAACGCCUUCCUCGGCUCCGUCCCCAACGGCGGCGUCACAACCAUGUCGAGCAUCCUGAUGACCACCUUUGGCUUCACCAACCUCCAGGCUAUCCUCAUCGAGAUCCCCCGCUCCGUCACCUCGGUCGUGUACUUUCUCAUCGUCGGCCUCGUCACGUCCAAAAAGGCCGACCUGCGCCUGUACUUUAUGCUGUUCAGCUGCUUCCCCUCGCUCGCCGGCUUCCUGGGCAUGUCGCUCCUCCCCAACGACCCGGCAAUCAAGUGGCAGAAGUGGGCGUGCUUCUACAUCACCGUGCCCUUCGUCCUGACGACCUUUCUCGCCUGGACCCUGAUCCCGUCCAACGUCGCGGGUCGCACCAAGCGCACCCUGACCUCGAGCUUCACCUUUGUGGGAUACUGCGUCGGCAACAUGGCCGGCUCCCAGAUCUACAUGGAGAAGGACGCCCCGCGAUACAUCCCGGGCACCGUCGGCUGCGUCGUCGCGCACGCGAUCCAAAUCGUCCUGGUCAUCGCAUGGAGGCUUGUGCUGGUCCGCCGCAACAGGACCCGGCGCCAGAAGAUGCAGCUCGACGGCAUAAGCGAGGAGGAGCGUGUCCGUCGGGCGAAGCAGUUCGGCGAGCAGGACUACACGGAUUUUGAGAACCCUUACUUCUUGUACACAUUGUAGAUGUACACGACUAAGGAUGGGUACAAAUAUGAGGGUAACAGAAAGACGAGGAUUAGUUUCAUGCUGGUGGCCGGGGGCAGCUGUCAGGAUAUUAGCAUCCCGAAAUUCCCCGUUGCGCCUUGCUGGGAGUAGCAGGGUAGACGAAUAGUUGGAGAGAUUGUUGACUGGCGAAUAAUUCAUAGUCACCAGG